AUGGUAUCGGAAUCUGGCGCGCCCCCAGGAAGAGCUAUGGAUAUGCGCCCUGCGGAGGGGGUUGGACAAGGGGGGGAGCGGGUGGAGCAAGCCCAGGAGCAGGAGGAGGCCCCGCAGACAGAGCCUGUAACACUGGCGGCACCACGGAUGGUUGCUGCUGAAGAGCCGGUUGAGGCUGGUGUUGCUGUACUGGGGGAGGUCGUACCAGGGGAGGAAGCAGAGGCGCUGGCGGCUGAUGGGACUGCCGCUGCCUCUGGCGACGGCUCAGCUUCGCCGGCUGCCAUGGACGCUGGGGCACCGCCACAGGCGGAGGAGCAGGAGCUAGCGGGUGAGCAGGGACGGACGGCGGACACAAUGGCGGCUGCGACACCGAUACCUGUGGCUGCAACUGCGGCUGCGUCGGCGGAGCGGCAGGCUCCGCCACCAGUGACAACAGGGACAGCGGCGGCUGCGACUGGGACGACGCCUGGGGACUUAGAGCAGGCGGAAGAAGCGACGACGACGGUGGGACCACCAGCGGCUGAAGUGCAACACGAGGACCAGCGCGUGGCGGGUGCUUUGGCGGCCGCUGCGUGCGCCAAAACGCCUGCCGCUGCCAAGGACGGAGAGACGCAGGAGCACGCCCAGGGGCACCGCGGCGGCUCGGAGCAACGCUGGCGCCUGGUCGCCCGGGACCCCUCCUGGGCUCGCUUCUGCAAGCGCAGUCGCCACAAGAGCAAGAGCGGUCAUCGUCAUCUGCGGUGA